CAGCUGUGUGCGUCCCUCUUAUCCGCCGCUGUCGAAGCAGCCGGAGGACGACAGUCACGUUAAAGUUUAACAGAAGCGGCCGGACUCUGAUGAAAUACUAAUUUUGUGAGCAGCAUCCCGGCUGGAGGCGGACAAAGGAAACAGCAGAAAAAGGAAGUGCAGAGAGAAAAAAAGACAGAAAGAAGAAAGAAGGGAUGAGCCUGAGAUGAACGAGCUGGAGAACCGUCCCGCCUCCCUGAUGGAUCCUGAGACGGCGGGCCGAGAGGACGCCGAGGCGCCGCUGCUGUACCACGUGGAGCGUCCCGUGUUCGACGAAGCCUUCGUCCGGUCGCAGCUGCUCCACCGCAGGGAGAAGACCUCGCUCACGCCAAGACAGAGGCUGGCCCAGCAGCUGCAGUGUUCGUCAAAGAGAGCCAAGGCGGUGCUCCUGAGCUCCCUGCCCAUCCUGACAUGGCUGCCGUCCUAUCCGGUGAAAAAGUGGCUGUUUCACGACGUGGUUUCAGGCCUCAGCACAGGCGUCGUGCAGCUCCCCCAAGGUCUGGCCUAUGCCAUGCUGGCUGCGAUCCCUCCGGUUUAUGGCCUCUACUCGUCUUUCUACCCCGUCCUGCUCUACACCUUCUUCGGCACCUCCAGACACAUAUCGAUAGGCACCUUCGCCGUGAUCAGCCUGAUGAUCGGGGGCGUGGUGGUGCGGGAGGCUCCGGACUCCAUGUUCUACAUGCAGCCCGCCAACGGCACCAACAUGUCCGCCGUCCUGGACGUGGAGACGCGUGACGCCGCGAGGGUGCAGCUGGCCGUGGUGCUCACAACUCUGGUGGGAAUCAUCCAGUUUGUCCUGGGUCUGCUCAGGUUCGGCUUCGUGGCGAUCUACCUCACCGAGCCGCUGGUGCGCGGCUUCACCACGGCGGCCGCGGUGCACGUCUUCAUCUCGCAGCUCAAAUACCUGCUGGGCGUGAAGACCCGGCGCUUCAGCGGGCCGCUCUCCGCCAUUUUUAGCGUCCAGGCCGUGCUCAGCCACAUCACCGACACCAACGUCACCACCCUCAUCAUGGGCCUGGUGUGCAUCGUCUUCCUGUACGGCAUCAAAUCCAUGAACGAGCGCUUCAAGAAGAAGCUGCCUGUGCCCAUCCCCGGAGAGAUCAUCGUGGUCAUCGUGUCCACGGGGAUCUCCUACGGCCUCCGGCUGUCCCAGGACUACAGGGUGGACGUGGUCGGGAAGAUACCAUCGGGGCUCCUCCCGCCUGCAGUUCCACACUUCUCUCUUUUAAAUAAUUUGGUGGCGGACGCCUUCGCCAUAGCGAUCGUCGGUUUCUCCAUGAGCAUCUCUCUGUCCAAGAUCUUUGCUCUGAAGCACGGAUACAGCGUGGACGGCAACCAGGAGCUGAUCGCCCUCGGCCUGUGUAACUUCAUCAGCUCUUUCUUCCAAACCUUUGCCAUCACGUGCUCCAUGUCGAGAAGCCUGGUGCAGGAGAGCACUGGAGGCAAGACGCAGAUUGCAGGGCUGCUGGCUUCCCUCGUGGUGCUGCUGGUGCUGGUGGCCAUUAGCUUCGUCUUCGAGACGCUGCCUCAGACGGCGCUGGCAGCCAUCAUCAUGGUGAACCUGCUGGGGAUGUUCAAACAGACACGGGACAUUCCUGCUCUGUGGAGAACCAGCAGGAUCGAACUGGCGAUCUGGCUGGUUGCCUUCACGGCGUCGGUGCUGCUGGGUCUGGAUUACGGCCUCAUGGUGGCCGUCACCUUCGCCAUCCUCACCGUCGUCUACAGAACACAGAGCCCCAAACGUGUGAUCCUUGGACAGGUCCCAGGCACGGGGAUGUACUGUGAUGUGGACGAGUAUGAAGAGGCACUCGAAUGUUCGGGGAUUAAGAUUUUCCACUCCAACUCGUCAAUCUACUUUGCCAACAGUGACCUUUAUGUGAACGCCCUCAAGGAGAAGACGGGCGUGGACCCGGCACAUUUACAAGCCGCCUGGAAAGCCCAAAAAAAACUGAAGAACGGAAACCAGAGUCAGGAUUCUCCACUGAAGCUGCGAGUUGAGGAUAAGGACCGGGGCGUGACCCACGAGGUUUUGUCCUAUAACCACGCCGACGAGCAGAGGAACGGCCAGCUGGCAGACAAACACGAAGAGCAAGACCUGGAGGAAGCUGUUUUCCUCAAACCCGCCUCCCCCGUCCACUCCAUCAUCCUGGACUGGACGCCUGUCAGCUUCAUCGACUCCGUGGGAGCCAAAGCCAUCAAAUCGGUCAUCAAAGAGUACGCAGCCGUGGACGUUCAGGUGUUCAUAGCCGGAUGCAACAGAUCCCUGUUGGCUGAGCUGGACAGGUUACAGUUCUUCUCCGGGGUCGUGACCCCCCACAUGGUUUUCCCCACCAUCCACGAUGCCGUGCUGCACUGCCAGCACCAGAAGCCCCGCCCGCCCGGCGCCGCCGCCGCCAGCGACACCACCUGACACUGGAAGAUGUUGGGGGCGGAGGGCAAAUCGCAGCGGGAUGUUGUGACUUGCAGGAGAGAGGAGAGAGGCGCCACCCCGAGCUCGUAGGAGGAGCGGCGGCAGUCACGUCUCCACGCUCCACCAGCACAGGGAGGGUUAAACAGGAGAGUGUCAGCCAUGCAGAGCCCAGGCUGAGGUUCCCCGUCGGACAGACUUUUCACCCGUGAAAUGAGUGACCCUGGGAGUCUUCUGGGCAUGAUUUGCACUCAGGAUUUCUGGAUUUAAUGUCUAACAAACAUUCCUGCAGCUGGACUUCCUGUGUGUCCUCUUGGCAGUGUCUGCUGAGAGCAAAUUCUCUCAUUAUCAACACUUUACAGUCAUUUUAUAAUGCUCUACCACUUCUCUUAUUAGAGGAAAAGCUCAUCCAGAAUACAAAACACAGAUAAUUUCCCACAUAACCUCUAGUGCAAUCACUCCAUCCAAAUAUUGGCUAAAAUUAGUCUGCUGCUGCUCAUAAAGGAGGGCAUAAGGCUUUAGGAGCUUGUGUUAUGGGAAGUGUAAAGUUUUCCUUUUUGUUCGAAGAUGCCUCUUUGAUUUGCAGACUUUGUUACACGUCAGAUCUGUGAUGCUGGGUCGACGUCAAAGUGACUUGAUUUUGUUCAAAACAGGAAAAAGGAGAAUUACAAAAAAGGCGAUCAAAUUAGCAGAUAAUCACCAGAACAUUUGCAAAAAAAAAAAAAAAAAA